AUGUUUUCUCCGAACCGAGUUACUUUUAUCCUUGUGUCUCAAUGUGAAAAUGCCAGGAGUUCACCAGUACCAUCUCAUAGCUAUUUAUUCCAGAUUACCAAGUGCAGCCCAACUGAGAUAGCUUGGCAUGAGAGGAGAAGGGCAUGGAUCGGUGAAAAUCGAUCUCAAAGAUCACAAAGAAUGCCUAGGGAGCAAAUUAUGAGCUGGACAACUACUUAUGAGGAGCUGCUUUCAUCUACUGAACCAUUUCAUGAGUCAAUUCCAUUAGCUGAGAUGGUGGAUUUUCUAGUUGAUAUCUGGCUUGAAGAAGGUCUUUACGACUAG